GAGACAGUACCGCAGUGUUUAGUAUUUUCAUCUCCCUCUUGUUCAUCAGUGUAUUCCCUCGGCACAAAACCCAACGGCUCUUCCGCCAUUUCCCUGCCCUCCCCUUCUGAACCCCGCCAACCACCAACCGACAGCCUGCCGCUCUUUUCUACUCCCCACCAUAAAAUCGUGCUCCUCUGUUCGUCUCCCCCACCUGCCACGACUCGUGGCAAACUUUUAGCGUCGUUCUACUCGUGGCGUGCCUACAACUUAGCCGCAUCUAUUACGCGCACUUUUCAUCGUCACGACAAUAUUCUUUUUAACAAUUUUUUCCUCCAACUCUCCCUCACUCAUUAUUACUCUCUGUGCUGCGUUACAUCCGAUUGCCAAGUGAAUAUCAUCACUGUAUUUUUGUUAAAACAACGGAAUAUCAGUCAAGUUAUAUUUUUGAAAUUACUACGUGAUUGCAUUGUUCGUUCAAUUCGCCGGAAGGAGAACGGGUGAAGUACGUGUGAAUUGUAUGAAUACCAGAUUUUUUUUUUUGCAAUUGUCUUGAUAAAGGAGUGAAUAAACGGUUUAUGCAGGCGUGUCAUAACCUCGAAAAGUUGAGUUGAGUGUAAGUUGACAGACGCGAAUCGCGCUUUCCGCCCUGACGUCUCACUUUCUUGAUUGUGUGGCUGUGUGAGUUAUUCCAUCGUGUCGUCAUCAGCUCGUGUCUUUCUGUUCAGUCAGUUGAGGCGUCGCUCCGACGAGUCUCGCACGCUUACCAGUAUACACGUUCCUCCCCCCCAGUGUACAUCAUCGAGUACUCUUUGUUUUGUUUGAAAUAACAUUUUGUGGAGAAAUUUUAACACGAGUUGAGCGAAUAGACGUCCCCUUGGCGUACGUAUUUAGUUGUGCUGUGGAACAAUAAAGUUUGAAUAUUUUUGGUUCGGUGAUAGUUGAGUGACUUGUGGAAGAGGACGAGUGGAAUUCUAGCAUUUGGUGGAAUAUCUUGCUGUGUUUUGGGUGGUGUUGUACAGCGCUAAUUAUUAACAGUGGCUUGGCAAUACUGUACCAGAGUUACUGACAGAAUGAUGAUGGCUAAUCUACCCCCCGUUAUGCUGCCGGCCCUCCAUGAAUAUGGCAUGCUGGCACCAACCCUCGGAAUAAAGCGAGGAAGCGAUGAACUCUUGUCGCAGAGCGGUGCAGUAAACAAUGGUGCCUCCAUGAGUCCCCAGCCGCAUCACGCCGCUGACAACAACAAUGACGCAAAAAAGGCGAAGCUGGACAAGAGUCACAAUGGCAAACCAUCGAAGGUGAUCCACAUAAGGAACAUCUCCAGUGAUGUAGUGGAGUCGGAGAUCAUUCAUUUAGGCAUGCCUUUUGGCAGAGUAACGAAUGUCCUCGUUCUGAAGGGAAAAAAUCAGGCAUUUCUCGAGAUGGCUGAUGAGAAUGCUGCCACGACGAUGGUUGGGUACUAUGCAGCUAGUGGAGCAUCGCUCAGAGGUCGUGCUGUUUAUGUACAAUACAGCAAUCAUCGGGAGCUCAAGACUGAUCAGGCCCACAGCAACGCGGUCAGUAGUCCUACCACAAACAUCAUCGCCAAUGUCAACAACACCAACACGCAAGUGGCAUUGCAAGUUGCCCAGGGACAGGCGGUGCAGAGUCAAGGAGAUACACAGGGUGGGCCCAAUACUGUCCUCAGGGUCAUCGUGGAACACAUGAUCUAUCCAAUAUCCCUGGACAUCCUGUACCAGAUAUUCACUCGUUUUGGAAAAGUCCUGAAGAUUGUAACAUUCACUAAAAAUAGUACAUUUCAAGCACUCAUACAGUAUUCGGACACGAUGUCUGCGCAGACUGCUAAAUUGUCUCUCGAUGGCCAGAACAUUUACAAUUCCUGCUGUACACUUCGCAUUGACUUUAGUAAAAUGCAGAGUCUCAAUGUCAAAUAUAACAAUGACAAAUCACGUGAUUACACAAAUCCAACGCUUCCAACUGGUGAUCCGAAUUUGGAUGCAGCAUCUUUGGCACUAGGUGGUGAGCUACUUCCACAGUUGUUGCUUGGUGCAGCAGGCUCGCAGCCAAGAGCACGUUUACCUGUAGAGUCAAUUACAGGAGCACCAAGCGUACUUGCAUCGCCAUUUGCUGCGAUGCAUGGAUUACCAUCGCCCCUCGCUGGUCCUUAUGGGAAUGGUGUGGCACCAGGUGGUGGAAUUGCUGGACUCGGUGGAUUUAGUCUAGGUGCUGGAACACUUGGGGUCAGAGUACCUGGUAGCCCUCAAAUUUCAUCGGUUCUGUUAGUCACCAAUUUGAAUGAAGAGAUGGUCACGCCUGACGCUCUCUUUACCCUGUUUGGCGUUUAUGGGGAUGUACAACGCGUGAAGAUUCUAUACAACAAAAAAGACUCUGCCCUUAUCCAAAUGGCCGAACCUCAGCAGGGUCACCUAGCUAUGACUCACAUGGACAAGCUUCGAGUGUUUGGAAAACAAAUCAGAGUAAUGGUCAGCAAGCAUCAAACAGUUCAGCUGCCAAAGGAAGGUCAACCCGAUGCAGGUCUCACCAAAGACUACACCAACAGUCCUCUCCAUCGAUUUAAGAAGCCCGGCUCUAAGAACUAUCAAAAUAUCUAUCCACCAAGUGCUACCCUGCAUUUAUCAAACAUUCCAGCAACGGUGACUGAAGAGGAAAUAAAAGAUGCGUUUACCCAGAAUGGAUUCACAGUGAAGGCAUUCAAAUUCUUCCCAAAAGACAGGAAAAUGGCUCUGAUCCAGAUGCCAAGUAUGGACGAGGCUGUUGCAGCGCUAAUUAAAAUGCACAAUUAUCAACUGAGUGAGUCAAAUCAUCUGCGAGUGUCAUUCUCAAAGAGCAACAUCUAACAACACAAGUUACAUCAUCAACACGUAGAGUCGCAGUGUUUCCAGCCGUUCGCCCUUGUCCGCUACUGGUACUCCAGUGCCCUAUAUGACUGAUUGUCCAACGGACUAAGCAUAUGACUAUGUAUUGAUGCAUCAAUAUUUUUGACAUUGUUACUGAAGUCUCGCAGACGUCGAACGUCAAAAAUACGAAGCAUGGUUCAAUGAAACAUCAUUUUUGGUUUACCGUCGCAGCUUGUCACAUUCCGAAGUUGAAAAGUAUUUCUGAAUUCAUCAACUUUAGUAAUUCGCUUUAUUUGGCUUUCGACAUUUGAAAGCUUCUGUGACAGGAGAAGAGGUGAAUAUUCAGAUGAAGAGAUGAAAAUUCUGGUGAGAUAUUGAGCGCGAUUUGUUAUGGAGCAAACUUAUGUGGAAAACAAUGAAUUUUCGAAACGGAGAGUGGAAGAUCGAUUGAUUCUCUAUCGAAGAAUUGACGUUUCAAUGAAUAAGCUGACUACAUGUAUUCUAGGAUUUAUCGGACGGUCGCAAUAGCGGCCAAAAUACAGUUGCUGGUGAUUAUUAAUAAUAACUAUUAUUAUUGUAAUGAUAAUGAUUAAGGGUUUUUACCAUUAAGUGAUACAGAGGAGGCAGAGUAUCAUUGGAAAAUGAUUGAAUGAAAAUCUAAUCGCAUUUCAAUAUUAUGAAACUACAUCAUUUUCACUUUGCUAUAGUUUAGAUGUAACAGUAAAGUGAAGAUGAUAAACAAUAAGAAUAAUUCAAUGCCAAUUCUCAAACGGGACCCUUUGCAGUUUUUUGGAGGUGUUGAGGAACAUUUCACCUGUGGAAAUCGAUUUAUUCAUUUCUAUAUCACCCCUUUAAACUGCUAUUUGGUAAUACCCAUCGUAUUCCGUUUAUCAGGGAUUGAUUGAAAUUGGUGGAUAAUCCCAUGUUUUCCUAGUCAAUCGUUGAUAAUCUAACCGUUGACGGAAGACCGCGGAUUGGGAGAAAAAAAUUAAUAACAAAAAUGCAAGACAAUCGUGCUGAUAUUUUUUUUAAUACAAAAUCGGCACAUGUGGUACAAAUGAGUCCCUAAAAUUGUAUUCUUCAUUUUAUGCCGUUUUUUACAUUUUCUUUAUCACUUUGCUGUCAAUAUUGCCGUGGACCAUCGUGAAUUCUUUUUUUUUUCUCCUCUCAUUUAGUUGUAGUAGAUAUUUAAAAAAUAUUUUUUCGUGAGUAUUCUUUAUACAAGUACGUACACGGUUUUGCACGUUAAGAUUAUUGCUUUUUUUCUCAUUAUCAUUUACAUAGUUGUCUUCAUAUCUCUGUGUAUUGUCACUUUUUAAGAGUUUUAUAUUUACACUUUCCUUUUUUAUCAUGGCAUUUUUAAAGAGUGACCGUCAAACAUAUCGUCGCUUUUGAAUUUUCAAAUUCGUCGGAUAAAUGGAUAACAGAAUUCUAAUUUAUAUUUAUCACAAAAAAAAAACGUAAAGGAAUAGUUGUGGGUUGAAGAAUACACUAUUCAAAUAUACCAAACAUGGCCGUGAGGAUAUAUAAUGGAAAAAUUGUCUUCCACCAACAGCUGAACACACAAUCAUUAUCCUUUAACUCGAAAUGAUAUAUUGUUAGCGGUGAAGAAUCAUUCGAAAUACACCUCCCAAUUUUAUAAUUAGUUGGAUAUGUAAUAUUGAUCAGGGACUAUGCACUUUCAAGCAGUGAAAAAGCGAACGUAAAUGUAAUUAGUUUGAAUACUUAUAUUUUAAUCAUUAAAUUUUCAACACCAAUUCGAUGGAUAAAAGUUAUUGUAUGAUGAAACGACAUGAUAGAAGGAAGAACUCAUGAUAAAAUAACGCUUCGAAUUUAGAUACUUAUGAUUUAGUCUCACAAACUGGCCUAGUUUUACAUUCUUUAAUGCUACAUAAUACCAUUUCAUCGAAACUAUCAAGAUAAAGAAAUAAAAAAAAUGCAGAAAGGUGCGAUAAAUAUCGUUGUAAAAUAAAAACAAGUUCAUUCAAAGUUAUUCAGCAAAGGCUUAGGUGUGGAAUCGAUAGCCACGAGUGAAACCAUUAAUUUAGAAAAUGAAAAAUAUGAAAAAAAAAAUAUUAAAAGCAAAGAAAAUACAACAAAAAAAAAAGGUAGAAGGAGAGAGAGAACAUGCAAGUCUUUUUUGCGACAAUCGAAGAGAGUUCGGGUCAACUCAGUGAAGAGAGAGAAAAAGAAAACAAACACAAAUAAGAGAAACUAUAUAUACAAAUCUAAAUGCUAAGUAAGCUAGCUACGUUUCGUCUAUUAGACAUGACGUUCUGUUGGAGUCAAUUAACAUUUCAAUGGUACUGUAAUUACGGGAUACAACCGCGUGCAUCCAGUGUAAAUGAUGUGUGAGCGCGAAUAUUUUGCAUGAAUGAUUUUGAAGAGACGUAAAUCUUAAAAAAAUUAUUGAGAAAACAAAAAACAGAAUAAUAUUAUAAGCGAGUGCCGGCCCAGGUAGUGGUGUAUGUGCCAAACUAAGCUUAUUAUUCAAUCAAGAUAUAACAGGAGAUAACAUGGGAAUGCCUUGGUAAUGAGUCUCCCAAUGUACUGAAGUAACGAUGAAUUUGAAUAUUAUAUAUUUGUGUAACGACCAAAAAUUGCAAUAGCUGAAUGAAUAGAGGGAGAUAAAUACAUCUUACAGCAGCCGGCAUGAGCGAAGGGGCCAGUCUUUGAAUCUAUUAUUUGUGUCUUUAGAAUCUCCAAUUAAUUGAAUGAAGAAAGAAAAAUGUAGUUAUCAAGUAGUACUCAUUAAUCAACACUUGUAGAUCUAUCAAAAGUAUAGCAUUAAAAGAGAAGGACGUGACCGGACUAUCAUGCACUCACAUGAACACAAAAGAUAAAUGAAAACAUUAAUUUGGAGUUGAACUAGUAAUGAGGAAAAAGUGAGUAUUCAUACACGCACACCCACGAGAAAGAAUCCAUUUGUUCUAGUAUUAUUUCUUCCAGCGGUAUAUUAUGAAUAGUUAAGUUGAAUUGCCUCUUUUUUAACGUUAUAUUUGUACGUUGUAUUUUUUCUUCUCUUAAUUAUUACUAUUAAGUUGCUCCUGUAGGUCUUCUGAAAUCGAUUUACGUGUCCCGACAUCGGUGAUAAUUUUUUUAAGCCUGCAUUUUAUUAUUACAUUAUUCAUUAUUUUAUCAUUAUUGCCGUCAUUGAAAUUUUCGGUGCUUCCUUAUAUAAAAACAACAACAUUUGAACGAGAAAAAUAAUAAUUCUGAUUUUUUUACA